AUGGUUGCUGUGAUACGUAUUCUGAGUUAUUUAAAGUCUGCUCCUGGGAGAGGUUUAUUAUUUAAGAAAAAUGGUCACUUGGAUCUGGAAGGUUACACUGACGCAGAUUAUGCCAUACAUCAGGUUACUAUCACCUUUGUUGGUGGUAACCUAGUUACGUGGCUUAGCAAGAAGCAAAACGUUGUGUCUCGGUCCUCCACAGAGUCUGAGUAUAGAGGGAUUGCCCAAGGGUCUGCAUUUGAAAUUGCUAACAAUCCGGUGCAACAUGAUCGAACUAAGCAUUCAGAAGUUGAUCAGCAUUUCAUUAAGGAGAAGCUGGAGCAUAAGUUAAUUUCUAUACCUUUUGUGCCUUCUUCAGAGCAGCUUGCAGAUAUGUUGACCCAUGCUGUGUCAAAGCGCCAAUUUGAAGACUUACUUGACAAGUUGGGCAUUACCGAUAUCUAUGCACCAACUUGA